AUGGACGAUCCGGUCCCUGGCAAAGAGAAGCUACCUUUUGAGGGUGUUUUCAAAGUUCCGACAAGCCAAAAUGGAGCCAGCAACCCAAGUGUCGAAUCCAACAACUCAGAGCCCCAGGAAGAAUCCAACAAUUUGCCCGAACUCACCUGGCGGGAAAGGGCUUUGGCUGCUGGAAGGACCCCAUUGCCUUCCUCCAGACCCCCGAUAAAAUCCCAAACAACGAGCAGCGACGACUCAGGCAAAACGGCUUGCGGAUCAUCAGAUAACAACCUCGAAACCAAAGAUCAUCAUGCCGUUGAGGACAAAGAGAAGUGGACAAUCGAGGACGAGGUUGCUAGCCCCAAGGCCCAGGAUGGUGAAAUCAACGUGAAGAAGCCUGACCCCCAGCAGAAAGAAGAAAAUGCGCAUGCACUGGUGAAAUCUAAGGGCCUUCCAAGAGCUCCAAGGAAGAAGUGGAUGACUGAUGAAAUUAGCCGUGUCAUCAGUAUGAGGAUGGAUGGAGCGAGCUGGGAUUCGAUCUCGGCCGAAUUUCCCGACAGAACCCUUGCAAGCAUUCGACAAAUCUUUUUCAAGUAUAGAUAUCGGAAUCUUGAUAUCGACUCAGUGGACGAGGAGGAGUGA